AUGACGACCAAUAUCCAGCUGGCCAUCGCGCCCUCGGCCGAUACAAGCUCUGCGUGCGUGUACCUGCGCAGCGACCGCUGCCACUAUGUCUUUGGGCGGGUCCCAGAGGGCUCUCAGCGCACCAUGGGCAGUCGCAAGGUUGCCUUUGCUGGCGUCACGCAGAUCUUCCUCUCUGGUGCCACUGGCUGGGACCAAGUAGGCGGGCUGAUGGGAUUCAUGCUCACAAUUGCCGGCGCCGCCAACUCGUCCAAGGAGGGCUACAGAAUCGACAACCUCGUGCGACAGGGACAGGGCAAGAGGCUGCUGGAGGCGGCCCGGCAUCAGGGCGUCGAUGUGCAUGGAGGCGACAAUCUAUCCCAUCUGAUGGCGUCGCAACGGUCAGUCCUGUUGCGGCAGUCGAUCAAUGCCCGCAUUCACGAGCAAAGGACAGACACAAGGGAAAGUAACAAGCCGUUGACGGAACCAGACUGGCAUGACGAUGUCGUUCGCGUCUGGAAGGUCCCCGUCACACGCGAGCGAUCCAGCAGCCCGCGAAAACGACGUAGGACGAACGGCCCAGAAUCUGACGACAAGGCCGACGUGACGGAUGCCGACAUGGAGAAGUUGGAGGCAGAAAACGCGAACAGUGCCGAGGUCGCGCGUUACAUUGUCGAGAAGCAAAUAUGGAAUGGCGACGUACGAUUCAACCCCCUCGAAGCUUGCCGGAUCCGCGAUCUCACCCCGUCGGACGAUGCCUGCGUGAUAGAGAACGGGAUGCCGCGACUGUACAAGGGACCUUAUACCACGGACGGCAUGGAACCCCCCAAGGCUGGGGACAAGGCUUGGAUAUGGCGCCACGGUGACAUUGGUCCCCGCCGCAGCAACGUGGAGACCAUGUCCUCAGACAGAAUCCCUCUCCGGACGUCGUACAGCCAAAUAUCCAUGAGCUACAUUGUCAAGAUGCGCGACCGCAGAGGCAAAUUCGAUCCAAAGGCUGCCAAGGCCUUGGGCGUCCAGGUCACCGACUUCAAGCGGCUCACGGCUGGUCAGACGGUGACGACGGCCGACGGCAAAGAGGUCACGCCAGACAUGGUCAUGGGCGAGCCCAUCCGCGGACGAGGACUCAUCGUGGCCGACAUUGAGAGCCCCGACUUUGUCGAGUCCUUUAUGCAGCGGCCCGAAUGGGAGGACCAGGAGCUCAUGUCGCACAUCUCGGUCAUGUACUGGUUACUCGGCGCAGACCUCUCCACGCACCCCCGGAUCCGCAAAUUCAUGGACGACAGACCCCAGAUACGACAUGUCGUAUGUGCCCCGGACACAUGCCCCAACAUGAUCUGCAACCCGGGCCCGGCGGAGCUGCAGAUGCGUCUCCGACGUCUCGACCCCGACCGCUUCGCCGUUCUCAAGUACGACAAUGCUGUCAAGACGCAGGCGCCGCCACCGAAAUCCAACAUUGAGUUCGGCAGGAUCGGCAGAUCUGCGCAGCUGAUGCCCAAACUGCUAUUCGAGGACGACAAGGCGGCUCCCUUUGCGGACCUCAUGGGUGCCUACAACUCCGUCGCAGACAACGUCCUCGCUCUAGCCAGGAAAUGCAAGGCUCAAGCAACAGACCCGGACUUCCUGGCCAAGAUUGAAAAAGAAGAGAAGGACAUUCCGGGUCGCGAUACAGAGAUUACAUGCCUUGGCACCGGAUCUUCCGUGCCCUCAAAGUACCGCAACGUGUCGGGCACGCUGGUCCGCGUCCCUGGCAAGGCAGCCUUCCUGCUCGACUGCGGUGAAGGCACGCUUGGCCAGAUCAACCGCCUAUGGGGCUACGAUGGCGCUGCCGAGGUCCUGCGUGACCUGCGGUGCAUCCUCAUCAGUCACCUACACGCAGAUCACCAUCUGGGCACCACCUCUAUAAUCAAGGCGUGGUACGAACAGACCUUGCGGGAUGGUUCCAACGCCAAGCUCGCCAUCUCAUGUGUCCCCAAAUUCAGGUCCAUCCUGCAAGACUACGCCCAGGUGGAAGAUUUUGGCUUCCACCGGCUGGUCUUCCCCAACUGCGAGGACGAAGCCUCCUUCACCUACGCACAGGCAGGCCUGCACUUCUCCCACGACCACGGCCUCAAGGCCAUCCGCCGCGUCCCCGUGCCGCACUGCCCGCGCUCCGAGGCCGUCGAGAUUGAGCUCGCGUCGGGUCUCCGGGUGGCCUACUCUGGUGACUGCCGUCCCUCGCAGGCGUUCGCCAAGGCAUGCCGCGGCACGCACCUCCUGAUUCACGAAAGCACCUUUGGCGACGACAAGGCCGACCACGCCAAGCAGAAGAUGCACAGCACCAUGGGCGAGGCCCUCCAGGUCGCCAAGGACAUGCAGGCGCGCAGGACGCUGCUCACGCACUUCUCGCAGCGCUACGUGAAGCGGGAGGCGUUGAAGUGGGAGGGCGAGGCCGGCGCCGGGUCCGUCCUGCUGGGCUUUGACUACAUGACCGUCAGGGUGGGCGACUGGCAAAAGGCAGCCUGCUACAUGCCGGCAUUGGAGAAGCUUUUCCAGGAAGACGGGGAAGAGCCUGACGACAGCACUGAGUCAUGA